AUGAACGACGCCGACCUUGGAGACAAUAUCGAGGAGCGCAUCGGUCAGUUGGAGCAGUCCAAUGCUCAACGAGAGAAGCGCUUCCAGAAUGACGAUGCUCACUUAGAUCCGAGCCGGUGGUGGUUCGCUUCCUCCGCGUUCCCCAUGAUCGCCGGUACUCUUGGCCCGGUAGCAUCAGCAUUCAGUAUAUGUGCCCUCGUACGGCCUUGGCGGCAGCAUUUCCCGCCGGGAACCGACAUCGACGCCGCUACCUUCGUCCCGGACCCGAAAUGGCUGAUCAUUGUUAACGCCAUUCAGCUGGCCAUCGCCAUUGUCUCAAACGUCUUCCUCCUCCUGAACAUGGCCCGCCGAGUGCGCUUCUCCCUUGCUCAGCCAAUCACCAUCGUGGGGUGGUAUAUUUCGGCCAUCUGCCUCAUCGCUCUCAAUGCGACAGCCUCCGGACCUCUCGUCAUCGAGCCCGUGGAGGAAUACAUCAACUCUCAGGCCUUCUACUACGGCAUGUUCGCCGCCAUUCUCUACUUCGUCACCGCCUCUCUGAUGGUCGUCACCGUCUACGGCGCUUACACCCGCCACUACGCAGAGGACUUUCAACUCACCACCGCUCAGCGCACCCUCAUGCUGCAGACGAUCAUGUUCCUUCUGUACCUCCUCAUCGGUGCCCUGGUCUUCUCCACUAUCGAGGGUUGGACCUACCUCGACGCUGUGUACUGGGCAGACGUGACACUCUUCACCGUCGGUUUCGGCGAUUUCGCAGCGGCGUCACCCCUGGGCCGGGCCUUGCUAAUUCCGUAUGCCCUCGUCGGAGUGAUCAGCUUGGGUCUCGUCAUCGGCUCCAUCCGUAGCUUGGUCCUAGAACGCGGGCGUCGGAGGCUGGACGCCCGCAUGGUUGAGAAGAAACGCCGUCAGCUCAUCCGCACGAUGACCCGCAAAGGGAAGGAUGAAAUCCUGAAGCCAAUUCACUCCAACGUGGAGGAGUCGCCAGAAAGUUCGCCCCUGCCGUCGACCGAAUUUGAGCGCCGCCAGGAAGAGUUCAAUCUGAUGCGCAAGAUCCAGAACUCCGCCUCUGUCCGCCGCCGGUGGAUGGCCAUGUCCAUAUCCUUCUCAUCCUGGCUCGUCCUCUGGCUUGUCGGGGCCAAGGUGUUCCAGGAAUGCGAGAAGCCGUACCAGAACUGGACGUACUUUGAAGGGUUCUAUUUUGCGUUCGUAACGCUGACGACCAUCGGUUACGGAGACCGCACGCCUGUGUCCAACUCGGGCAAGGCUUUCUUUGUGUUUUGGUCGCUCCUGGCUCUUCCGACGAUGACCGUCAUGAUUUCCAAUGCUGGCGAUACAGUGGUCAAGGCCAUCCGCGAUGCCACACUCGAGCUGGGAAACGUCACCAUCUUGCCAGGGGAGCGUGGUUUUCGCACGGAGUUGCUGGCUCUGCUCGAUAGGUGGACCUGCGGCGUGAUAUUCAAGGGGUCUCGCGACGAUGAUGACGAUGAGCUGCCCCCAGGGUUCCUUGGAAACGCCCACAGAUUAGAGCAAGGCAACUCUGAGGAGGAUGAUACAGAUGCAUACUCAACCGUCCCUGACCCUACACCACCCAACUCCAAGGGUAUUCGGCAGCGACAGCGGUCUCGCAUGCGAGAUCCAACCGCGGCCCUGCCGAGUUCGCGCGCCGACUAUCACUUCCUCCUCAUUUCAGAGAUCGCCGCAGUCCGUCAACACGCUAAGCAGAAGCCACCGCGGAGGUACCCGUUCGCAGAGUGGGCGUGGUACUUGAAGUUGAUCGGAGAAGACGAAUCCAGCUCGGCUACGCACCGCAAGGCCCGUCCACAUAUCCACUCCAAGAAGAAGAAGAGGAGGAACAGGCGGCGGAAGCAUGAUGAGGAUGAUGACGCGGAGUGCCCCGAUGAAGACAAGUGGUCUUGGGUUGGCUCGCAGUCGCCGUUGAUGGGAAGCCUGGAGGAGAGCGAGUGGAUUCUCGAGAAGCUGACGGAGAAGCUGCGUGAUGAGCUCGACGUCGUCCGUGGGGAGGAUCUAGAGAAGAGGGACACUCCAGAGAGGAAUCGCAAUCUUGAAGAGGAAAGGAAAGGGAUGGACGAGGUGAAGGAGAUGCCUUAUUAA